AUGACCUUCCGUGCCAGUCAUCUUUACCGCAAUGGUCCGGAAGUUGAGGGCGCCUUUGGCGUCAACUCGAUCCCUUUGACGGUCGUCGCACAUAUCAUUUCCUUCCUUGACGAUGACGUCGCCUCGCUGGCUCGACUAUGUCGCACAUCCCGCGUUCUCUGGUACAUGACACUGCCGCACUUGUGGAAAAAUGUCACGUUGAAAUCAUACAGCGCCAUUCGCUACAGGGAGGAUGUGCCGGAAGGGUUCGGCAGCGCGAGCCCCUUCGCCAUGGGAUUGAAUGCGCUGGUCACACGGAACGUCUCGAGUCUGGUACGGUCGCUGAGCCUGGAGGGAGAAUUCAGCUCUGCAGACGUGAGCGAACAUGCAAGAGUUGGCCGGGUAUCGGAGAGCACCAUGAUCUUGAACAUUGCUGUCCGUGCGGUCCUUGAUCAGUGCACUCACCUCGAGAAUUUCCGCUGGGACCUGAAUAUACGCACACAACCGAAUGUCUACGCCGGGCUAGCGAAGCUCGAGCGGCUAGAGUCACUGUGGAUUCGUUUCCCUUCCAACAGGUCUCCUCAACCGUCGUAUGAGCUCCCUCCUUUACCGAACCUGAGGUCGUUGACGUUCACGCACUACGAUCCUUUGUGUUAUCCCGACGACGUAUCCACCCUUCUGCUCCAUGGCACGAAGCUUGAGAACCUCGUCAUGCAUUUUUCUCCGCGCAUGCGUGAACAAGGCGAACCCUCUGUCAUCCUCACACACUUUUUUCGCAAGAUCAUCGCGGCCAAGAGGAGACUCCGCCUGAAGAGUAUGGGCGUAUACAAUCUACUGAACAGUGUCGACCCAACCGAGUGUCUCCACGCAGUGGACACCACCGGAAUAGAGCAUGUCACCUCUGUGAACACCUUUGGCCCGGACGAGGACGCCCCGGUGGUGGGCGAUCGUUCCGGUCCCGUCAAUGCUACGCAUUUCAUUGAUCGGACGUGGCAUAUGAUAGUGAAGGCCGAGGAGCAUGCUCCCAGCCCGAAAAGCUUGAGGAUCGACCAACUGCACAGGAGGCACGCACAAGACUUGGGCAAUUUUGGGGGUUUGGAGAAGCUGUAUCUCAUCAACGCACGGUACAAGCACCACCGACCAAACGGGGCCCCUAUGAACAACCCCGACGAGAGCUCCUCGAACUCGGCCGACUCAUCCCCAUACUACAAAGCAGCGACCGAUGACGUCCGCUCCUCGAGAAACACACCUGUUCGAGCCAUAUCGGCCGCGGCGGCGGCUUCAAUCUCCCUUCGCGACCUGUAUCUGGACAACAUCUGCAAUGUAUGCGGCCCGACCCUUAGGCACCUCAUACUCCCUGCCCGCUGGCCGCUUCCCACCGCAAUCACAGCCCGGCUCAUUCGGACUUGUCCGAAUUUGACACAGCUCGCCGCAGCUCUGGACUGCGUUGAAGAUUCCAAGUUCGAGGCCUUGAGGCUCCUCAUACCGUUUCUCCGUGAAUUGUGGGCCCUUCGUGUACUUGCUCCGCUGGGCCAGGAAGCAUGUGGUGAGGAAGGCAGGAAAAAUGUAGAAGCGUACGAGAACUUCGUCAGUCUACCAGAUGACCUUCACGAGGAGAAAAUCUCCAGCUGCCUCAUAGAAAGAGGCGGUGGUCCGAGCUCACAGAGCACGGACUUCGCAAAGCUAAAGUAUGUUGGCGUAGGCUGGAAGGUCUGGGAGAUCGGACCGGUCCUGGAAGAACAUAUUGGGAGAACUGGCCAGACUGACGACGGGUAUAUAGAGGAUGGUACGGAGAGCCAAAAUAAGGCCGACACCGUGUACAGGCGGCGAUUGAAACGGAUUGAAGAGAAGGAUGUCCAACAUGUCGAGAUCUGGAGGAUGGACUCGCUGGAUAUUGUCUGA